UGUCUAUUAUAUUAUAGUAUUUAUAGUGUAGUUGUCAUUUAGUUGUAAUUUUCAUGUAGUUUUUUUUGGUUAUAAUUAUUAAGUACUUGCUUUACGGUCAUAUUUUGCUGUAACAAAUGACCAUGUAACUAUAUUGCGAUAAUGGAUGUGUUUAAAUCUUGUCGCUGCUGCCUGCAGGCCACCGCGGACUUGAACUUGACGAUACCGUACCCACAUCUCGAUCGAACCGAGAUAUACUUGGACAUGCUUAAAAACUGUUUCGAUUUGCACCUGACACUCAGCGAUAAUGAUUCCCAUGGGAUCUGCUCGACAUGUGUGGGGCGUCUGCGAGAUGCAAGUGACUUCAAGCUACAAGUGCAGCGCUGCCAAGAAGAGCUGCAGUCACACCUACUGGGCGUAAGCCAUGUUAAUUAUGAAAAUGCUGUAUUCAAAACAGAGAAUUUCGAAAAUCAUGGCUCUGAGGAUGAGAAUGCGUCACAUGUAGAGCUUGUAACCAUGAAGGCAGAAAUUAUUACUGAAGGUGAAACUGAAAAUGUCUUAUACGAAGAUUCUUUAGUCAAGUCAGAGCGUUCGGACGGAAUUGAGACGUGUAAUGAGGACGACAUAUCAGUACAAUCGGAUCCAUUAGGCGGCGCAACUGGUGCAGGAACGGAGCCGGCGGCGGCUAUGUCUCGUGACGAGACGUUCGGCCCCUCGAGUCAUGCGACCGACACCGACGAAGAUUCUUUACUCAAGUUGAAGCGUUCGGAUGGACGGAUGGAUGCUGAAACCAGACGGACGAUGCCACGAUCCGGACGGACGGAACCGUUAGGCGGCACAGCUGGUGAGAAAACGGAGCCGGCAGCAACUACGUCCUGUGACGAGAAGUACAGCCCCUCGAGUCAUCCGACCGACGUGUCCGACACCGGUGAGACCCACUCCGGGGACGAAGCGUACACCAGCGACACUUCUGAAGAACAAGAAAAACAUAUUGACCAACAGCGUUAUCCGUGCGAUUUGUGUGAUAAAGACUUCGUAAACAAGUCAGCCUGGAAGCGGCAUCAGAGAGUAAUUCACGCGAUUGAAAAAAUGUACACUUGUGAUAAAUGCAACAAGAAAUUUACAAAAAAAGAUUACUUACGUAAACAUAAAUGCCCUUACACCGGAGAAGAGCCGUUCGGUUGUAAUGUUUGUGGGAAAAAAUUCACGAAGAAAAGUUAUUUACAUAUACACAAAGCAAGCCACAACGGAGAAAAACCACACAAAUGUGAUAAAUGUAACAGGAGAUUUGCACGCAAAUGUUUUUUGCAACAACAUGAAAAAACUCCAUGUGAAGAAAAUUAUUUUACCUGCGAAGUGUGCAACAAGCAAUGUAAGCAAAAAAAGGCACUCAAAAGCCAUAUAUUAAUUCACACUGGAGUAAAACCAUAUGGUUGUAAUGAGUGUGAUAAACGAUUUUCAGCAAAAAAUAAUUUGAAGGCACAUAAGAAAAUACAUACUGGAGACAAAUACAGCUGUGAAGAUUGUGACAAACAAUUUAUUACUCAAAACAGCUUGUCAAGACAUAAAAUAACUCAUACAGGUCAAAAAUACGAAUGUAAAAUAUGUAACAAACAAUUUAGUCAGAAUUAUACCCUUAAAGCACAUCAAAAAAUUCACACUGGAGAAAAAGUAGCUAAAGCGCCUAAAAAACGUCCCUACACUUGUAAAGAUUGUAACAAGCGCUUUAUAUCAAAGACGGAUUUAGACAGACAUGCGACAGUACAUACUGGCGAGAAGCCUUAUGCCUGUAAAGUGUGUCAGAAGAAAUUUAGUCAAAAAAGUACAUUAUGCAGACAUAUAGAAACAUGUAAAUCAUGUCAACCAUGUUAAAAUAUAAAGUUAUUUAGAGAGAUAUAGUCUGUGCGGAAUGAGAAGAGUUGUAGAAUAUAUUGGAUCCCAUACAUUUCACGACUGUUCUCUUUCCGCACAGCCUAUGCAGAAAUCCACUUUUUAUCUGCGUAAAACUUUUUCCCUUUGAAUAAUAUCCUAAGAAAUUUAGGUGCUCUUAUAGACGGAUUUUAGGUUGUAGAGGGGGUGAAGCAGGCGAAGCGGUAGAAAGUUGUAGUCUUAUAAAAAGUUACCUUAACAAACGUACCUGUCCAUGUCAAAAACAUAGUUACUCUUUUUCAUCUUACCGCUUUGUAAAAUGAGGCGAUAAAUGUAAACACGUUUCUGACGUCUACUGUACCCUGUCCAAGUAAUCGGCGGCAAAAAGCUCAUAGAUAUUUGUAGAUAUAGAACUCUAGAUAUUAAAUCAGGGGUAAGUCUACAGCAUUACAGCUAGGAGCGCCAACGCCAAUACAAAACUGAUUAUGUAAUAGUAAAGCUAUAAUAGUAAAAUUACCUAUAAGAAUCCCGUGACCCGCGUUACCACAUCGAUUACAUGGUACUUGGUAGUACCAAGUCCAUAUUGAUCGUCUGGAAAGGAUCCAAAAUAUUUUUCUAAAAUCACUCUGUUACAGAACGGGUAAUUAUUUUGAACGUACUCAUUUUUGUGUUCCUUCCCUUGAUAACCGAAGACACUAUUUAGAUAUAAUGUUCUUGUUUAAAAUUCUUAAAGGAGCGAUUAAAUGUCCGAAUCUUUUAGAAUUAGUCACUUUCAGUUGUCCGCACCACCCCCUACGUCCUAGAUCUCUAUUUUAUAUCAGCUUUGCCCGCAAGAAUUACUCUAGGCACACUUUUUUCAGACGAGUCCCUAGUUAUUAUAAUAAGUACCUACUUGAUAUUGAUCCUUUUCACAUUUCAUUGUCUAGUCUCAAAAUGAUACUUAAACGUAAAUUGUUUUAGUUCAAGUACCUAUUUCAUAUAAUUAAAUAUAAUACAAUGUACACAAUGUAUAAAUGUAACUUUCCGGUUGUCCUAAUACCUACCAGAUAUUAGUUAAAAAAAAAUACAACAUAUCCGAUAAUUAAUGAAACAGACAGUAAUGUCAAACCUGCUUACUGUAUUACUACUUAUUGUAUUUUUUUUUCUCCUCUGAAGACUAGUAAAUAGAAUUUAAGUAUGACUCAUGAUUUCAUUUUCUUUAUGCUGUUAGUAUGUAUGUUAACAUUAUGUACUUAAUAAUGAACCUCCAGGUCUAUGAUUCUUAAGUAUGUUAAGUACUCUACAUUGUAAGUACUUCAAAUCCAUUUGUAUAUGUGACUGUUUGUGUUCUAAAUAAAUAAAUAAAAUAAAAAUAAUGUA